AUGGGGAUCAACAUCUCCAACAGUGAUCCAGUUGAGGCCCGUGGCGCGACCAAACAGUUGGUGGAACCGGUGGAUCCCGGGGCAGAGACAGGAGAUGAAAUUGGAGAAAUCAAUGGGAAUCUUCGCACCUUCACAGUUCCUGUGGUCUUUUCUCAAAUCCGACCCUUUCAUGAGAAGCUCUGGGGAUCGAAGGUCUCGUUUUUCCUCUAUGGCACCUUGGAGGGUGCUGGGCCGAAGAACCAAAGGGGGCACAACCACCCGGCCAUCAAUGAAACCAAUCAGACUGCGCUGGACAUUGCUGUGACUUCGGUGAGGCCCGAAGCAGUGGAAUUCGUUGAGAAUGCCGAGGAUGUGACGGAGGAGAACAUUGCGCAGUAUGUUCUGCAUCAGGAAUGUUUCGAAUUCACCAAUCGUGUCGCCUUCUUCGCAAAGCGUCAGCACUUCCUACGUGGCCUUAAUCAGCUCACGCACGUCAUUAGUAGCCUUGAGAUGAUGAUGCGAUUUGAAGAAGCCCGCGGUCAAAGGUUCGAAGUGGUAAUUUUAACCCGCCCGGAUUUGCGAUAUCGCAUGGCCCGUCUAAAGCACCUUUUAGCUUGGGUUCCCGAGUGGAUCUCCAAUGGUAAUGUGGCACUUCUCUCUGAUUUAUGGGUGGCCAUGCCUCGUGCGUUGGCGGAACGAUUUUAUUUGCUCGGCAAAGUUCUGAGCUGUAGUCCUUCCGACAAAUGUUGUCGAAAAAUUGGCAAAUCCGAAAGUCUCUGGGAAUAUUUUACUGGAGCAGUGCAUGCCAGAAGAAGCUGCAAGUGCUCAAAUAUCAGCACGGCUUGGAAAUUUGCUAAAGUAGGUGAUGUUCAGCGGACUGGCGCCUGAAGCCAAAAAGCUGCAGAUGUAAAGUACUUGCGCAGAGC